UUCACAACCUUCACCGGUUUAUCGCUUACUGAAACCCGCUUCUUCUUGUAGCGGGGCGGAUGUGGGUCAUAAAUUGCCGCUCCUACUCGGAAUUCUUGACGCUUCCCGCCUUCUCUUCAACUAAACCAAACCAAAUAGAGCACAAGAACUCCGAGCCGCCCCUAAUGGCGCUCCAUCUCCUCUCCGUCCUCCUCCUAUCCGUCCUCCCCUUCUCCUCCCCUCUCUCCAUUUCCCCCCAAGCCCUCGCCAACGCCGUCGAAUCCCUUUCCGCCGCUGGCUACGUAUCCAUGGCCCUCACCCUUAACCUCACCUCCCAAAUGCUCCUCCCCCACGCCGCCGCAGGAGCCACCCUCUUCUCCCCCUCCGAUGCUGCCUUCUCCGACUCCGGCCAGCCCCCGUUUUCCCUCCUCCGCUUCCACCUCGCCCCCCAGCGCCUCCGCCCCAAAACCCUCCGCUCCCUCUCCCACGGCGCCGAGAUCCCCACCCUCGCCCCCAACCUAUCCCUCCUCAUCACCACCUCCGCCACCGACGGCCGCGUCUCCCUCAACGGCGUCCGCAUCAACGAGUCCGCCCUAUUUGACAACGCCUCCCUCAUCGUCUACGCCGCCGACGACUUCUUCGACCCCUCCUUCCGGAUCUCCUCCCUCCCCGCCCAGUCCCUCGCCACCCCCGGCUCCGUAAUCCAGUGCCAGCCCCCAAACCCUAGCCGAUCCCUCGCUGGCGCCUCGGCCAAGCUCCGAUCCAUGGGGUACUCCUCGAUCGCCGCGUUUCUUGAUGUCCAGUUGGAGUGGGGCGGCUCCAAGGGAGCGACGGUGUUCGCGCCGGGGGACGCCGCUUUGGGCGCCUGUCAGGGGAAUUUCAGCGAGCACUUGGUGGUGUUCCGGCGGCACGUGGUGCCGUGCCGGCUCUCCGGCAGCGACCUGGCUGAGCUGGGGGCGGGGACGGUGGUGCCGACGUUCGCCGAGGAUUUCACCAUCAUCGUCGACCGAUCGGACGGCCGGUCGCUGCUGAACGGCGUUCCGGUGUCUGACGAGGACCUGUUCGACGACGGGUCCGUGGUGGUCCACGGCGUCCGCGACGUGCUCAAGCCCCUGGACGCGUCGGUGGAUUUCGGGUCGUGAUCCGAAAAUUCUCGGCGCCCGGAAUUCUCGCAUUGAGUUCGUUUACCUUGACCAGAUGUG